CAUUACGCGUGGAUACCAACCUUCAUGUAGGCUAUUUAACUUUUUGGAGUGCGACUUGAUAACAGAGUUUGUGCCGAAAUUGGGAACUAGCUCUGAAGUUUGUGGCUAAUUCGUUUCCUUCGAUUCAAACAAUCAGCUGGAGUCAAGAAUUGUCACCAAAAGUGAUUCUUGAUGCUGUGGAUUGUCUGUACGGAUCUCAAUGAAAAGAAGACAUCAGAAGAACAAGAAUAAACAGGUGUCUCACGGGAUAAGAGGAAUCCGAAUUUUGCUGUUCGAGCGCGGUUCCCUCAUAAACUCAAGCUACGAUGAUGUCAUACCUCAAACAGGCCCCGUAUGCCAUGACCGGUCUGGGGCUCAGCGGGGCCACCAUGGACCUCCUUCACCCUUCUGUAGGAUACCCGGCAAAUGCCCGAAAACAAAGAAGAGAGAGGACCACUUUCACUCGCACCCAGUUGGACAUAUUGGAGAAUAUGUUUGCCAGAACACGCUACCCGGACAUUUUCAUGCGCGAGGAAGUGGCACUGAAAAUCAAUUUGCCAGAGUCAAGAGUGCAGGUGUGGUUUAAGAACAGAAGGGCAAAGUGUCGGCAACAACAGCAGAGCAGCAGCAGUUCGAAGAUCCGUCCUGCUAAAAAGAAAUCCUCUCCUUCCCGUGACAGCAUGGGGUCAGAAAGCAGCGGCCACUUCACUCCUCCCGCGGUUUCCUGUAACAACACAUCCUCCUCAUCGUCCUCAGGCUCUAACCCCUCUGGUCUUAGUGGAUUGGGUCUGAUCAGCAGCUCUUCCACAGGAACAGCACCUGUCUCCUCCAUCUGGAGUCCCGCUCCAGUCUCGCCUCUAGCCGCUCCACCCUCCCUCCCUGAUAUUUCCCCCCCAGCUAGUGCAUCCUGCAUGCAGAGGGCUAUUUCAGGCAGUGGGGGUACCACAGGAGUGCCGUCAUAUCCCAUGCCCUACAACCAGGCUCCCAGCUAUGCCCAGGGCUACCCAACCUCGAACGCUGCCUCUUAUUUUGGAGGCAUGGACUGCAGCUCCUACUUGGCACCCAUGCCUGGCCAUGCCCACCACCCGCACGUCCAUCACACACAGCUGAGCACUAUGGCAGGCACCACUGCAGUGUCAGGCCACCACCCGCAUCACCCUCAGCACAUUGGGCAGAGCAGCGGGCACCCACACCCGCACCACCCUCACCAGGGCUACGGUGGUUCAGGGCUGCCUUUCAGCGCCACAGACUGUCUGGAUUAUAAAGAUUACAAAGAGCAAGCUGCCGUGGCAUCGUCAUGGAAACUUAACUUCAGCUCUGCAGCGGCAGACCUCUUGGACUACAAAGACCAGGCAGCCUGGCGUUUUCAGGUAUUGUAAGGACUGUUUUAAAGACUGGUAAAGAUUGCUUGUUUGUUUUCCGUCUGAGAAGUUCAUCCCACAACAAUACAGACUACGUUGGACACCACAGGGUGCUGGAAGAUGACAUUGUGAGGUGACUUUCUGUGCCAAGCUUUUCCACCUUUCAGGGGAAUGACUCAGAAGAGCUAUGGGCACAAAUACCAAAGUUUCUUUAAGAAAAUAAAAACUAUUCCUCAAGAAACAUUCGUUGUGUUCCCCAAACAUUUAGAUGGGUUGUUCAUUGUCUUAAUUGGACCGACAAGAAUAUUUCUUUAGAAAUGUCUAAAGUAAUCAUGCACUCCCUGGCAUGACGCACUGAAUGAAUGAGGUUUCAAAUAAUGAAGGCAAUAAUAAUUUUAUAUAAUUUUCUUUACAGGGGACAAGGUAGCACCUGUGAGAUGUUAAAACAAAUUUGCAUUUGUGUUCAUUUAAUAAAUAUAAGCUUAAAAUUGAGCCAAUUUGUUUUUAAUUUCAAAAGUGUCAAGUUGAAAAUAAAGACUUUU